GUUGCUGGUGCCACGUUGAGGCGCCAACACGCACACCUACUGAUAUAAGGUGCAGGGGUGUGGCGGAGGCAGCAGUGACGUCAAGAUGUUGGAGACAAGGUUAUGGAUGGUGCGAGUGGUGGUGGUUGCGCUGGUGGCGGUGACAUGCGAGGCAGUGAUCAAGUACCCACCAAUGAUGACCAAGCAACCGCCCCCAAACGAUGAAAUUCUGUUCCAUGUGACUUCAAGACCGGACCAAAAUGACAAACCUUUCCUCAUUGAAUGUGAGGCUGAGGGAGAGCCCGCCCCAAGAUAUCGGUGGAUCAAGAAUGGAAAAGAGUUUGAUUGGCAGACGUAUGACAACCGUAUAUCCCAGCAGCCAGGGCGAGGCACCUUGGUCAUCACCUCCCCCAGGGACGAGGAUCUUGGUCAAUACCAGUGUUUUGCCACUAAUGAGCUUGGCACAGCUACAUCCAACUCUGUGUUUGUCCGAAAGUCUGAGCUGAACAGCUUUAAGAACCAGGAUCCACAAACAGUGGAGGUGACGGAAGGAGAACCAGUUCGCCUUGCCUGCCAGCCUCCUGAUGGCUAUCCCAAACCCUCUGUCUAUUGGAUGAUUCAGGAGGAUCAGGGAGCACUGCGAAGUAUCAACUCCUCCAGAAUGACUGUUGAUCCUGAGGGCACCCUGUGGUUCUCUAAUGUGACACGCUUUGAUGAGUCCAAUGACUUUACCUAUGCCUGCUCAGCUACCUCUGCAUUCCGUAAUGAGUACAAAUUGGGAAACCGUAUGUACCUGCGUGUGUCGCCGACUGGAAACACUGCCGUCCAGACCAAAAAUGAGCCCAAAGAACAAUUUAAAUCUCGUAAAAACACCGUCAUUCUUAAAGGCACAACACUUAAGCUUUGGUGCAUCUUUAGUGGGACCCCUCUCCCAGAGAUGCGAUGGAGCAAGAGCAACAGCACUCAUUUCCCACAUGAAAGAGUGGAUUUUGAAAACUAUGGCAAGACUUUGGUCAUCCGCUACGUUGAUUUCGAAGAUGAAGGAACUUACGAGUGUGAGGCGAGUAAUGGUGUUGGUGUAGCCAAGUCAUACUCCAUGAAUGUUGAAGUGCAAGCCAUUCCAUACUUUGUUGAGGAACCUGAGGUAGCCAACAAGGCUGAGGGAGAGACAGCUGAAUUCCACUGUAAGGCAUGGGGCAAGCCUCCCCCAAAGCAAUAUUGGAUAUACAAUGGCAUGCCCAUCACAGAAGCACCAAUCAAUCAUCGCCGCGUUGUGGAGCCAGAGAAGAUCAUCAUCUAUAACCUAACCAAGGGUGAUACCGGCAACUAUGGUUGCAAUGCUACCAACGAGCACGGCUAUGUAUACAAGGAUGUUUACAUCAAUGUUCUUGCACUUCCACCAGAGAUCCGUAGGCCUCCAACAGAUGUCAUGACUGUGGAUGGAAAGCAGGUGAACAUGACUUGUCGAGUGUUUGGUGCUCCCAAACCCCGCAUCACCUGGAUCAGAGACAACGAGGAAUUGACUGGUGGCAGAUUUCAAGUAACUAAUGAAGGAGACCUGGUUAUAAACGAGGUGUUAUUUACUGAUGCUGGAAAGUACACUUGCUUUGCUGAGAACAAGUUUGGCAAGCAGGAGGCAGAUGGGUCGCUAGUGGUCAAAGAGCGCACCAAGAUUACUGAUGCACCACAGGACUAUGAAGUGGCAGCGGGCCAGACAGCCACCUUCAGGUGUAAUGCUGUGACUGACAAUGACUUAGACUUGAGCAUUCAGUGGCAAACUGAUGGUGAGGACAUUGACUUUGAGCAAGAACCAAGAUUUGUUCAGCAGUCUGAUUUCUCACUGAGCAUCACCAAAACCACAGAGCUUGACUCUGGGAAGUACACUUGUGUUGCAUCCACUGAUCUGGAUCAAGUGGAUGCCACUGCCUCAUUGAUUGUACAAGAUGUGCCCAAUCCACCCCAGCUACUGAAGGUGACAUGCAACAUCCGGGACGCUAGUGUGGAGUGGCAGCCAAUGGGUGACAACCGUGCCCCCAUCCUGGCCUAUGUCAUCCAGUACAACACCAGCUUCACACCUGACACGUGGGAAAGUGCCUUUGACUAUGUACCAGCAACCAGUACAGAAUUCACUAUCACCCUGAGUCCUUGGGCAAACUACACAUUCCGGGUAAUUGCACGCAACAAGAUUGGUCCUUCCCAACCAUCAGAACACUCAGAGAUGUGUACAACCUUGCAUGAUGUUCCUUACAAGAACCCUGAUGGUGUGGAGGGCAAGGGAUCUGAUCCCACUAACCUGGUCAUCAAGUGGUCGCCAAUGCCAGAAAUUGAACACAAUGGUCCAGGCUUCAAAUAUCGUGUGUACUGGAAACCUGAUGAUGUAGACAAUGCAAGGUGGCAGACAGAAGAUGUUAUAGACUGGGAACAGGAUCACUUUGUGGUGCCAAAUCAACCUACAUUUAAACCCUACAGAAUAAAGGUGGAGGCCCAUAAUGAUCGUGGGGAGGCAAAUGUGGCUGCUCCUGAAAUUCAAGGCUGGUCUGGAGAAGCAGAACCCACUGAGGCACCACGGAACCUGACACUGCUAGUGCUGAAGGAUGCCACCACUGCCAUGCUGGCAUGGGAACCUGUCUCUGCAGACUCCAUUAGGGGACAUUUUAAGGGCUACAAGAUCCAGACAUGGACUGAGAAGGAGACUGCUGAUAAGGCACGAGACAUAAUUGUAGAGAAUAACAAUGAACCAUCUGCUCUUGUUACCUCAUUUGUGCCCUAUACCAAAAAUUUUGUGCGUGUGAGGGUGUUUAAUGGUGCAUAUGAUGGACCACCAAGUGAAGAGAUCAGCUUUGUCACUCCUGAAGGAAAGCCUGGUCCUGUCGACUCCUUGGAUGCCAUUCCAUUGGGCUCAUCAGCAUUUUAUCUCAUCUGGAAGAAACCCAAACAGCCCAAUGGUAUCUUGACUGGUUACCACAUCUACUACCAGGAGGUAGAUGGCACCAAGACUGGUGCAAUCUCCGAGCGUGAUCCCCCAAUUCGGGAUCACACAGUGACUACAGCCAAACUUGCCUCCCUCAGGCCUGGCACCAAGUACCGAAUAACCAUCAGGGCACGCACAGCUAUGGGCGAAGGAUCUGGUUACUUCAUUGAGAGAAUGACCCGAAGCACUGGUGCCACACCCCCUGGCAAGCCUGGCUUUAUCUGGCAGCAUGUGACCACCAAAAAGGGAGAAGCAGCCAUUAAAGUUACUUGGAUUCCCAACACAGAGAGCAAUCCUGGCUCUCAUUUCUUUGUCAAGUAUAAGUUGUAUGGGGGAAGCAUAGUUUCCCAGACCAAGCCAGAGCUGUAUGAAGACUUCAUUUUGCUGAAGGGCCUGGAGUUAGACAAGGUCUACCAAGUGUCUGUGGUGGCUGUGGAUGGAACUUACUCCAUUGAGUCUGAUGUUGAAGAAAUAGACACCCAUAGGACUGGUGUUAGUCAAGGAGUGUUCAUUCGUGAGACAGACAACAUUGCUACCCGUGGCUGGUUUAUUGGCAUGAUGCUGGCCAUUGCCUUCCUUCUCCUGAUUCUCAUCAUUGUCUGUAUUGUCAAACGCAACCGUGGAGGGAAGUAUGCCGUCCAUGAACAAGAGGCAGCCCACGGCCGCAAUGACUUCAAUGAGGAGCAAGGGUUCCCUGAGUUUGCACAGCCGUUGGAUGGAGCAAAAAGAGACAGUCUAGCAAGUGAUGUGAAACAUCCAAUAGAAUCUGACACGGACUCAAUGGCAGAAUAUGGUGACGGAGAAACUGGAUCAGGUAUGGCAGAAGAUGGUUCCUUCAUUGGUCAGUACGGCAAGAAGAAAGGAGAGACUUCAUCCAAUGCAUUUGCCACCCUAGUUUGAUGUUAUUCCUGCAUUCUUUUACAUGAAGGUUCACAGAGGAUGGCUCAUUUAUUGGGCAGUAUGGACAAGCCACUGGCAGGAGGAGGCCACCAACUGAGGACAAGUCACCAUCAGCGGUGGCUACAUUUGUCUAGACUAGCAUUGCCCCGUGGCUGUUCUCUAUCUUCUACCAAGGCCAUGUACCUGUCAAUGCCUACCUUCCAGUGGUCCCUUAUCUGGAUUAGUACUUUAUUAUAUUUUUAUGUCAGUUUUGUAUAAGCUGACAGAUUUUUACAGAAACAUUUUUUUAUUUUAUUUGUCGUUCUGUUUUACUUGUUUCUGUGAUUUUGGAUUAUGUGUCUGAAUAACACAAUUUUUUAUUUGCAUUUUAGGAGAUAAAUUGAUAAUAAAAGAAUAGUGGAAAAUGUAAGCCUUCAUCAGAACAGGUAAUCAACUGUGAAGAUUAGCACUGAAAUUAUACUAUUAAAAUGCUAGUGAUAACUAAAUUUAAAAGAUUGGCCAUGGUAAAAGCUAGAAUUUUGUGGUUGAUAGGUAUUGUAUAUGAUACAAAGUUCCAUCCAUAUUAGUUUGUGUAGUGAUGAUUUACCUCAGAAGUCUUUGUAGGAUAGUCAGAUAUUCAAUGGCCUUUUAAUGUAAGGUCAUGAAGCUGAACACAGUAGACUUUUGAAUAUCUACCCUGGAUUAGAUCAGAUCUCACAGGGUCAGCAGUUUGGUGGUACAGAUGAACUCUUUCCCAUGAAGAUACUAAUGUCAAGGAAUGUAGUACUGUUAACAGUACUGUUAGUUAUACAUUUAAUUUUCAUAAUCAUUCCUCAUUUGUAAAAUUACUUUGUACUGGCACAGGAUGGAUUGAGGGACCUAGGAAGCUGUUACUAAGCUUGGCAUAAGUGACUGUCUACUACCAUUUAGUCAUGUAAAAUGCAGACUUUGAAAUCCUAAUGCAUUUUAUAUAUAUAUAUAUAUAUAUAUAUAUAUAUAUAUAUAUAUAUAUAUAUAUAUAUAUAUAUAUAUAUAUAUAUAUAUAUAUAUAUAUAAUGCAUUUAAUUGGUACUGUAGAGGAAGAUAACUGAAAGUCUACUGUAUGUCUAAUUUAGUGUAUUUAAGAUGUUGAAUUGAUAGCUUAUAAAAUGCAAAGUAAUGUUUUCAUGGUAAGGUGUCUUUGUCAUGCCAAAUGGCAGCAUUUUUAUUCCUCUAUAUGUAUUAUUCAACACUGCAUAAGAAAAGUAAAUUAUAUAUAAACAGUUUGCUAAGCUUGGGUGAUAUAAAUUGGUUACAAUUUUUGCCACUUUUGUUGGGCAGAUCUCUGUGCUCGAAAAAAAAAAAAAAAAGAAAGAAAAAAGUGAAGCAAGGCACUGCAGCUCAGUGUAUUGAGAAAAAGGACUCCCAGGAGCUGUGGUGGACUGUGCCUCAUCUAAAGUGGAAUACUGCAAACUGCCAACGUCACAUCAUAUGUGUGCAAUGGUAAAAUGGAAUCUCAUAUGUAUAGAAUCCCCAGUGAAUGUGCCCCACAUUGUAUAGCACUAUUGCUAAUUAUAUAGCUGAUAAGAUUAUUCCCAUCAAGGAGAAGUGUAAACAUUUCUAUAUAGCCGCCAGGCAUUGCUGUAAGUGUUGCAGUUAAGAUGUAAAUGUGCCUCUUGUCAGCUUUUUGAAUCACAGUUAAGCAUUGUUAGUGUUUCUUUCUUGGUAGGAUGACAAAAUGGCUUAAGGUUGAUUAUAUAUUGGUGACAUAAAUUAAUAUGUCUACCUUUGUUACUUUUUUUCUUUUCAUUUCAGAGGUAGUCUGAUGAAUAAUAUGUUGAGCAUUAGGCUCUAACAAUAUAUAAUUAUACUGUUGACAUGUGCAAAUCUGAUUCUUAAAACUUACAAAAUCACUAAGAAUGUUAUGUUCUCAUUCAUGUAGAUUUACAUUGAUUUGCAUAAGUCCCACAAUUCCUGCACAAACUUUGGUAGUGUCUGAUAAGGGGAGAAGUUUAUGUAGUUUCAUAUUCUGUAAAACAACCAUGCAACUGAUCUCUGGUUUGUGCAUUGGGUGAAGGAGCACUGCUCACUCUUCUGGUCUGAAGAUAAGAAUACAUUGUGUCCAAGAACAAGCAUUCUUGUGGCAUAGUUAAUUUUGCUUAUGCUGUGACAAGCACCAGGUGUCAAACUCUGCAAGAUACAUUGCCAACACUGUGUGAAUGUUUGUUAUUUUUAUACAAAUCUUUUUAUUUUUUUGUUUUUUCCCCAGCUGUUUUAGUUAAUUUUAUUUCAUGCAAUAUCAGGAAAUGAACAAAUAGGUUGUGAAGGGAAUGACAUAAGUGCAUAGUUUAUGCAUUAAAAAACAACUUUCAGCUAAUAUCAAUUUAGACCUUUGAGAAAAGUGCCUAUUUUCAAUAUGUAUAGCCCAAAAGAGAAGUAAUUAAUGUUGUCUGCUAUGUUGUCAAGAAAAUCCAUUAUAUAAGUUUUGGCUUAUACAGUAUAUCAUCACUGCACUUUAUGUAUAAAGAGUAUAAAGAGGUGUUUGGAGGAUCAAGUAAUUGUUUCUUAUGAAUAUAGUAGUGUUGUGUGAGUAAAAUAACAUUUUUGUUCAGUGAUGGUGUACAAAGUGAAAAUCAUGCCCUUUAUAUGAGUCACUUAGUUGAAAACUAAUAAAACAUUUUACCGUUUUUAGCUUCAGUGAGCAUAAAGUUAAUUAUCCAAUCAUCUUUUUCAUGGUAUUUGAAUAUGCAACAUAGGUUUGCAAGAAGCAAAGAAAAAGAAAGAAAUGAUUGAAGAUUUGGGCUCAUGAAAUAUGAACAAUGGUGAAAUGAAAUCAACAGAGUUUUAUCAAGUGUCUUGUAUACAAUGGCAAAACACCUUGAAGAUUCCCACUUUUUAAUGUACCCAUGUAUAGAUUUGAGAAUCUUACCAUCUUUAAAGUUAUCACAUAGAGGGGUAAAGUGAUGGUUUUAAGUACCUUAACAGUAGUUGCAUUGUGUUCAUUCUAAUUCUAAUUAGAAACAUUUAUAUGCUAUGUGAGCCACAGUUAAAUUCCUGCAGAUUAUUAUAUGUACAUCACUUUUCCUUUACAGUAUUUACAGUAUACUGCUGUAUUUAGGAUGGUCUUACAUUCUUAUCAUCUACCUUGCCGAUAUGUAAAGCUUGUGAAUGGAAGUAACAGAAAACAAUAAAAUACUUGUAAAAACA